GGUGACACACAUAUUUCUUCCUCUGCAACCUUGUGAGGUAGCUUGAGUGACCUGCCAAAGGUCACCCAGUAAAUUUCUUGGCUGAAUGGGAUUUGAAUUCUGGUCUCUCAGGUCCUAGCCCAUCACUCUAACGACUAUUGGCCCAUGCUUUUGUUUAGCUGUAGGCUCCUAGAGUGAGCUCCAGCCAAGCCUCAGUGGUAAUGGCUGUAAAAUGGAACCAAGUCCCCUUGCAUGUCAUGUGCAGCAGAAAACUCAGGGCAGGUUGCUGCAGCCUAUUGUGGCUCUUAUCUGAAGAGCACACCUGCCUGAAACAUGCAUUUCCAAACCCAUCUCAGCCUUACAUUUCUUGGUGUGCAUUUUGCAAAACCAAGAAACCUAGCUUUUACUCAUCCUAACUGCACUCUGUGUGUUGCCAUUGGCUGUCUCUUUAAGAAGCCGGCAGAACCCAAGCCAAGAAGGGAGGGAUAAGGAAGUUUGGGGAAAACACCACUGUUUUUAUUAAGUGUAGGCUGUUGUUUAAGAGAGGCAGGUCUUUGCUACUCAUAAAAAAUGUAUUCCCAGGUCUCUUGAAAACACAUAAUCAAAGGGGGAGGAAAUUAAAUCAAUGGACUUUUGUGGGGUUUCUGGCAGAGGCAAGGAUUGGGGUCUUGAUCCAGAGCCACCCCCUCCUCAAAACAAAAGAUGGGCAGUUUCUAAUUCAGGAAAUGUGUCAGGAAUUAGGGUCCAUUUCAGGACAAAACCAAAGCAAAAAUGAAAAAACAAAUCAAAACAAAAAGAGAGGGAUUUUUUUUUCUUUUUUCGAGCCCUGUGACAAAUCAAAACCACUUUUCUGGCUCCCUGAGCGUCGGAGGCUGGACUUCGCCUUUAUUAAUAACAUUUUUGGAAUGCAUGAGUCUGUCAGGACCCGACACAAUGUUUACACAGUUUUCUGGCUGAAACCCUCGCGUGAAGAAAGGAGGAAAGUCACGGGGAAAAAGAGCUGAAUGGGGAGAAGCAAUGGGUCCAUGGUUCUGCUUUUUCACUGCUCUGCUCUUGGUGGAGACUCAAAGCUGCCCCGAGAUCUGCAACUGCGUAGCCAAGAAGAAAUAUGGCCGCCACAUCGCCGACUGCUCCUACAGAGACCUCCGGGCUGUUCCCCUCGGCCUGCCCUUCAACGCAACUACUCUCACCCUGUCCGUCAACCAUAUCUCCUCCCUGCAGGAAGACUCCUUUGCGGAUGUUGUCGACCUGCAGGCCCUGUGGCUGUCGCACAAUGAGAUCAGCACUGUUGCCCAGGGCACCUUUGCCUCCCUGGUGCAGCUGAGGGCCAUUGAUCUCAGCCACAACCGGAUUGCCGUUUUCCCCUGGGGGGACCUGGUCAACCUCACUGCCCUGCAGCAGCUGAAGCUCAGCAGCAACCGGCUGGAGAAGGUUCCCCCAGAGGCCUUCCGCACCCUCAGGGACUUGAGAUCCCUCUGGCUGAACGACAACAGGAUCUCCGUCCUCGCCGGAGGGACCUUCAGCUCCCUGCCCCUCCUGUCCCAGCUGCAGAUCAACCACAACCCCUUCAACUGCUCCUGCAAGGUCUGGGGACUGAAGAGGUGGCUGGAGGAGACUCCAGUGUCCAUCCCAGAGAGGGACUCCAUCACUUGCGCUGCCCCAGACAACCUGAAGGGCUCCAUCCUUGGGAGACCCUUGAAGCUAGACUGCAUGCUUCCCUCCAUCCAGUUGGCAUACCACUCCAGCUUGGGCAACAGUGUGCUGCACGAUGAGCUUACUCUCCGGUUGCACUGCAGUGCAAUGGGAAGGCCGCCGCCGGAGAUCCAGUGGAAAAUCCAGACCUCCACUCGGGAGGUGGUGAUCAAUGGACCAAACGUCGGAGAAGGGGGCAACUGGCUGGCUGCCGGGAGCUUUGAGCAGCGCAUCCUGGUCUUCAAGAACGGCUCAAUGGCCAUCCUUGAGUUCAGCAAGGCUGACGAGGGCAUCUACACCUGCCAGGCCUUGAAUGAUGUGGGAUCUCGGGAGGCCUCGGUCAACGUGGCCUUGGCCGGUUCGAAGAAGCCUGCCGGGGACAUCAUCCGGAACAACAUCCAAGCCAGCAAGCCCCAGACUGAACCUUGUGAGAAAGAGGAGUCCCCCAAAUCGGAGGACAAGUUCGUGGUGAUCUACCUUACACCUGUGGCGCCAAUGACCAGCAAUGAGGGAGCGACCCUGUGGGAGCCACAGGCAUGGGCUGGCGUCCUUCUGCUUCCGCUGCUCACUCUUUAUGGCUGAGACAUGUGCAGCCUGGUAUCAUGCGUAGGAAUGUAGUGCUGCAUUAUUGGAGGCGAGGCUGAGAUAUUAUUUAUUGCAUUUAUAUCCCACCUGUUUCUCCCAGGAGCUCAAGGUAGUUAGUUCUCCCCCGACCCAUUUUAUCCCUACAACAACAUCCCUGUGAGGUAGGUUAGGCUGAGAGGCAGUGACGUUAAUGGCCAAGUAGGAGUUUGAAACUUGGUCUCUGUCAGGUCCUGGUCCAACACUCUAACCACUAUGUAGCACUACACCCCUGGUUGCAAAGCAGAGCUGCCAAAGUUAAAUCAGCCUAAUAGUCCUUCCUCCUUCCAGGAAACCUUGAGAACUGUAGUUUCCCAUUCAGGGAUUGGAGUCCACUAACACAGAAUCCUCGGAAACUUAGAAGGAAACCAUGGCAUUGCAGUAGGAAAAGUGAUUGAGUUUGUAGUAAACAUUUAGUCUUUGUGGGAAGGACUUGAUUUCUUCCAUUUUAGUCUCAUAACUGUAAUUAGUUUUAAACUCCCCUCCUAAAGUGUAUGUUUAACUGCUGUGACCAGCAAAGGGUGAGGGAUAAAUCCUGAUCUUCAUUGUAGUCAAUGCUGUGUUCACAAACAACAGUCUAACAUUUUCAAAGAGAGGCUCACCAUAUUUCCAGUCAUUCUGCUUAACAUUUGCAAAAAGAGAAGGCAAGACUGCAGUUUAUUUCAGCUAUGACUAACCACACUUUACAUAUUCAAAGAAAUCUGUCUUCUGCAUCACCACUGAAAGGCCGAACAAGACAGAACAUUAAAUGCAUUUUUUCAUUUAA